AUGGGAGAUUUCACUUUCUACAGCUUCAUGGAGCCGAGCUACUCCGCCAUGCAGAUGGUACCCUACACAGAGGUGGAUCCUUCGUCGACCCAGCUGCAAGAUGGGCAGGUAGUGCCGACCAGCGGUGGCCGCUUUGGGGAUGCCGGCAAGGUGUAUUUCCAGCACGACACGAUACUUGAUGUAAACAGGUCCUUCAGCUUCAAGCUGGCGGAUGUGUAUUGCGUGGCACCGAUCAAGAACAGGCGUUGUCGCGAGCCGUGCGGCCAGGAUUUCUGGGCCGUCGGGAAGAACUGCUGUGCUGAGGAUGGCAGCAACUUCACCUGCGGCGAUGCAGGGAGUCGCCGGGCCAAAAGUGGCCUGAGGCUCAUGGAGAACACCGACGUUCCAUUCUACAGGCUCGCCGUGCUGCAGGCUGCGAGCAAGUUCAAGAUGAUCAGCCAGCACCCGGUCUUCUUCCACUGGCUAGAGGACCCUGUAGCAGAACUGCACAGCUGGCAGCGGCAAGGAUUCAGGCGCUUUGCGUUGGCGAUGUUGGGCGCCUUCCUUGUGAGUGCCGCCACGUUGUUCUUCGUCUUGCGCAGCAUGGACCUUGCAAUCAGCUGA